GAAAAGAUGGUUUCUCUGUGAUAUGGGAUCCUGAAAUGUGAUCUUUCUUGAAAAGGGCACUGUGUGGUGAGUCUGAUCAAGUGGACAUCAUUUGCUCUCAUCCCAGACCUCUCUGGUCUUCAAUAUCAUCAUGGCCAAACCUUAUGAAUUUAACUGGCAGAAGGAAGUCCCUUCCUUUUUGCAAGAAGGAGCAGUUUUUGACAGAUAUGAAGAGGAAUCAUUCGUCUUUGAACCCAACUGCCUCUUCAAAGUGGAUGAAUUUGGCUUCUUUCUGACUUGGAAAAGUGAAGGCAAGGAAGGACAAGUGCUGGAAUGUUCCCUCAUCAACAGUAUUCGGCUGGGAGCCAUACCAAAGGAUCCCAAAAUCCUGGCUGCUCUCGAAGCUGUUGGAAAAUCAGAAAAUGAUCUGGAAGGGCGGAUAGUUUGCGUCUGCAGUGGCACAGAUCUUGUGAACAUUAGUUUCACGUACAUGGUGGCUGAAAACCCAGAAGUAACAAAGCAAUGGGUAGAAGGCCUGAGAUCAAUCAUACACAACUUCAGGGCCAACAACGUCAGUCCAAUGACCUGCCUCAAGAAACACUGGAUGAAAUUGGCGUUUAUGACCAACACAACUGGUAAAAUUCCAGUUAGGAGUAUCACUAGAACCUUUGCAUCGGGGAAAACAGAGAAGGUGAUCUUUCAAGCACUCAAGGAGUUAGGUCUUCCCAGUGGAAAGAAUGAUGAAAUUGAACCUGCUGCCUUUACUUAUGAAAAGUUCUAUGAACUGACACAAAAGAUUUGUCCUCGGACAGAUAUAGAAGAUCUUUUUAAGAAAAUCAAUGGAGACAAAACUGAUUAUUUAACGGUAGACCAAUUAGUGAGCUUUCUAAAUGAACAUCAACGAGAUCCUCGACUGAAUGAAAUUUUAUUCCCAUUUUAUGAUGUUAAAAGGGCAAUGCAGAUCAUUGAGAUGUAUGAGCCUGAUGAAGAUUUGAAGAAAAAAGGACUCAUAUCAAGUGAUGGGUUUUGCAGAUAUCUGAUGUCAGAUGAAAAUGCCCCAGUCUUCCUAGAUCGUUUAGAGCUUUACCAAGAAAUGGACCAUCCUCUGGCUCACUACUUCAUCAGUUCUUCCCAUAACACCUAUCUCACUGGCCGACAGUUUGGUGGGAAGUCUUCAGUAGAAAUGUACAGACAAGUUCUCCUGGCUGGUUGCAGGUGUGUUGAACUUGACUGUUGGGAUGGAAAAGGUGAAGAUCAAGAACCAAUAAUAACUCAUGGGAAAGCAAUGUGUACAGAUAUACUUUUUAAGGAUGUAAUUCAAGCCAUCAAGGAAACUGCAUUUGUCACAUCCGAAUAUCCUGUAAUUCUCUCCUUUGAAAACCACUGCAGCAAAUAUCAACAGUACAAGAUGUCCAAAUAUUGUGAAGAUCUAUUUGGGGAUCUCCUGUUGAAACAAGCACUUGAAUCACAUCCACUCGAACCAGGAAGACCUCUGCCAUCCCCCAAUGACCUCAAAAGAAAAAUACUCAUCAAAAAUAAGCGCCUAAAACCUGAAGUUGAAAAGAAACAGCUUGAAGCUUUGAAAAGCAUGAUGGAAGCUGGGGAGUCUGCAGCUCCAGCUAGCAUCUUAGAGGAUGAUAAUGAAGAGGAAAUAGAAAGUGCUGACCAAGAGGAGGAAGCUCACCCUGAGUUCAAAUUUGGAAGUGAACUUUCUGCUGAUGACUUGGGUCAUAAGGAAGCUGUUGCAAAUAGUGUCAAGAAGACUUCAGAUGACCUUGAACAUGAAAACAACAAAAAGGGCCUGGUUACUGUAGAGGAUGAGCAGGCAUGGAUGGCAUCUUAUAAAUAUGUAGGUGCUACCACUAAUAUCCAUCCCUAUUUGUCCACCAUGAUCAAUUAUGCACAGCCAGUGAAGUUUCAAGGUUUCCAUGUGGCUGAAGAACGCAACAUUCAUUAUAACAUGUCUUCUUUUAAUGAAUCAGUUGGCCUUGGCUACUUGAAGACACAUGCGAUUGAAUUCGUGAAUUACAACAAACGGCAAAUGAGUCGCAUUUACCCCAAGGGAGGCAGAGUCGAUUCUAGUAAUUACAUGCCUCAGAUAUUCUGGAACGCUGGAUGCCAGAUGGUUUCACUGAACUAUCAAACCCCAGAUUUAGCAAUGCAAUUGAACCAGGGGAAAUUUGAGUAUAAUGGAUCUUGCGGGUACCUGCUCAAACCAGAUUUCAUGAGGCGGCCUGACCGAACAUUUGAUCCCUUCUCUGAAACCCCUGUGGAUGGGGUUAUUGCAGCCACAUGCUCGGUGCAGGUCAUAUCAGGGCAGUUCUUAUCAGAUAAGAAGAUUGGCACAUACGUUGAAGUGGACAUGUAUGGGCUGCCCACUGACACCAUACGAAAGGAAUUCCGAACUCGUAUGGUUAUGAACAACGGGCUCAAUCCAGUUUACAAUGAAGAAUCGUUUGUGUUUCGGAAGGUGAUCCUGCCAGACCUGGCUGUCUUGAGAAUAGCAGUAUAUGAUGACAACAACAAGCUGAUUGGCCAGAGGAUCCUUCCACUGGAUGGCCUCCAAGCAGGCUAUCGACACAUUUCCCUUCGGAAUGAGGGAAACAAACCAUUAUCACUGCCAACAAUUUUCUGCAAUAUUGUUCUUAAAACAUAUGUGCCUGAUGGGUUUGGAGAUAUUGUGGAUGCUUUAUCAGAUCCAAAGAAAUUUCUCUCAAUUACAGAAAAGAGAGCAGACCAAAUGAGAGCUAUGGGCAUUGAAACUAGUGACAUAGCCGAUGUGCCCAGCGACACUUCCAAGAAUGACAAGAAAGGAAAGGCCAACCCAGCCAAAGCCAACGUGACCCCUCAGAGUAGCUCCGAGCUCAGACCCACCACUACAGCCGCCCUGGGCCCCGGCGUGGAAGCCAAGAAAGGCAUUGAACUUAUCCCUCAAGUGAGGAUAGAAGAUUUAAAGCAGAUGAAGGCUUACUUGAAGCAUUUAAAGAAACAACAGAAAGAGCUAAAUUCUUUAAAGAAGAAACAUGCAAAGGAGCACAGUACCAUGCAGAAGUUACAUUGCACGCAAGUUGACAAAAUUGUGGCUCAGUACGACAAAGAGAAGUCCACUCAUGAGAAAAUCCUGGAGAAGGCAAUGAAGAAGAGGGGGGGAAAUAAUUGUCUUGAAAUGAAAAAAGAAACAGAAAUUAAAAUUCAGACCCUGACAUCAGAUCACAAAUCAAAGGUCAAAGAGAUUGUAGCACAGCACACAAAGGAGUGGUCAGAAAUGAUCAACACCCACAGUGCUGAGGAGCAAGAAAUACGGGACCUGCACCUUAACCAGCAGUGUGAACUACUGAGAAAGCUACUAAUCAAUGCUCACGAGCAGCAAACCCAGCAGCUGAAACUGUCCCAUGACAGGGAAAGCAAGGAAAUGAGAGCCCACCAGGCCAAGAUCUCUAUGGAAAACAGCAAAGCCAUCAGCCAAGACAAAUCUAUCAAGAAUAAAGCAGAACGGGAAAGGCGAGUCAGAGAACUAAACAGCAGCAACACUAAAAAAUUUCUAGAAGAAAGAAAGAGACUUGCAAUGAAGCAAUCCAAAGAAAUGGAUCAAUUGAAAAAAGUCCAACUUGAACACCUAGAAUUUCUAGAGAAGCAGAAUGAGCAGCUUUUGAAAUCCUGUCAUGCAGUGUCCCAAACGCAAGGCGAAGGAGAUGCAGCAGAUGGUGAAAUUGGAAGCCGAGAUGGACCGCAGACCAGCAACAGUAGUGUGAAACUCCAAAAUGCAAACUGAAGCAGCAAAACCACAAAUCAUCAGAAGAUUGCACCCAACUUCAGAACACAAACUCCAUGGACAAAAGCUAUUUUCUUUAUGUAUAGACAAGAUGUUAUCUGAAACCACAAAAAAAACUUUGAAUGACACAUACUUCUAUUUAUCAGUUUGAGUAUUGAAUUUUCUUGGCCGAACCAAAAGUAGCUGCAAAUCCACAGAAAUCUAUUCCAGUAAGGCAGAGUUUAACCAUUGAUAAAACAACUUAAACAUGUUUGCUAUAAGAUAUCAUCACAAGUAAAUGAGCUUGGUGUUAACAACUCUGCUUUGUGAUGCAUUAGAACAUGUUUGAGCUGUAAUUAAAAAAAAAAGUGCAUUAGCAAUUUCAUAGCAAGUGCAUGCACUAUAAGAAAAGCAAAAACUCUGUCUACAAAUUCAUGAGCAGAAGUGGUGGUCUGCUAAACAAAUAAUUUUGCAGAAUUUUUCUAUAUCUAAGUUACCUCAUCAGUAAGUGCCAUGUCUUUACCAUGCCGUCAGAAGCUAAUUUCCUGUAAAAGUUGUGGAAGUUAUUAGAACAAUAGAGAAAUAUAACCGAAGAGUAGACCUGUGCCAAAACUCAUCAGUGCUCAGAGGGAAACUCUGUUAGGAUCAUUUAAGAAAGUUUACAUCUGACCCUGCUUUAUAGGAAUUGCUUCUUCAGAUUCCAGAUAUUAGAAUUCACUAUUAUACCAUAAAGAUUGUGAAGUGGUUAUUGGCAAACGUUUGUAAAUGUGAUCAUGUAUAAAGUAUUUAUACUCCUUAAUUCACACUGUUAUAGAGCAAAAUCAUCUAAGUAUUGCCACAUGACAAGAUUAGUACAGGAAUACUAGAAUACGUUUUGCAUGAUACACAAGCACCAGUUAAGACUAACUUGUUCAGACACAGUUAACCUAAUGCCAAAUAAAUACUGGUUAAAUACAUGUAUGGCACAGAAUAUAAUUUGACUAUCAAGACUUUUAGCAUAAUGAAAAAGUCUAUAUAUAUGUGUAUAUGAAUUAUGUGGGCAUUCUUGAUACUUCAAGUUCUAGUUUGAAAAAAAAACAUAACUAAUUUAAUUUUACACAAAAAUAUUUAUGCAGAUUUUCAGAAUUUCAUAUCAGGAAAUACCUUUUUAUGUCUGUUAAAUAUUCAAACAAUUUGCUACAGUGUUAAUUUGCAUGGUCCAAGCCUGCUGUAGUUGCAAUGCAGAGAGUGCAUGAAGAAGUACAGGGCUGGGAAACCUGCGAAGGCACCAAGCCUCAGAAGGGUGCACGGAGACCUGGCAUCCUUGAACUAAUGAGAUUGCUGAUUUUAGGACACAAAACACCAACGGAAUUGUAUAUGCUUGUACAGAUUGAUCCUGUGUGUUCCUCUGAACAAACCAGAGAAAAUGAUGAUAUCAUCAAUACUGAAAUUCAACUUCCAACUUCUCUAAUAAAAAAUGAAAACACA